CUCUGUUCAGCGGUUCUCUAUUGCUCUCUCGCGCACUGCAUAAUGAUUACACGGCAAUUAUGAACUCCCUCUUUCGUCCCCGGCUGAGUCCACCUCGGACGAUCUUUGCACAAGGGCGAUUGCGGUGCGGAUUUCGCCCAUGCCGCCUGCCCGCUCCCAUACGCUUUGCCACGACGUCCACGCCCGGCUCUAUAUCCAGAAAACUCGACCUGCUAGCAAUUGAUAGAAAAUGGCAGGAGAAAUGGAAAUCGGACGGGCUGUCACCACCCGAGGCUCCCGUGACGGAACAGGGAAUGGUCGGAGAUGCGACGGAGAAAAAGCCCAAAGCUUACGUUUUGUCCAUGUUUCCCUACCCCUCGGGGACGCUGCAUAUGGGUCACUUGCGGGUUUAUACGAUCUCGGAUGUGCUCUCGCGGUUCUACCGUAUGCGCGGUCAUGAGGUCAUCCAUCCAAUGGGUUGGGAUGCCUUUGGGUUACCGGCGGAGAAUGCGGCUAUCGAACGCGGCAUUAAUCCUGCCGAUUGGACCAAGGAAAACAUUACGAAGAUGAAGGAUCAGCUUCGGAGUAUUUCAGCCUCUUUUGAUUGGGAUCGGGAACUGGCAACCUGCGCACCCGAAUUCUACGAACACACGCAACGGAUAUUUCUGAUGCUCUAUAAACAAGGCCUAGCAUAUCAGGCGGAAGCUCUCGUCAACUACGACCCAGUCGAUAAGACCGUGCUGGCAAAUGAGCAGGUUGAUGCGAAUGGCUUCUCCUGGCGCUCUGGGGCCAAGGUCGAACAAUUGAACUUGAAGCAAUGGUUCUUUCGGAUUACAGCCUUUAAGGAGGCCCUACUGAAGGACCUCGAUUCUCUAUCGGGCGGCUGGCCGGACCGGGUAGUCUCGAUGCAGCGCAACUGGCUCGGAAAAUCAUACGGCGCCAAAGUCACAUUUCCUGUAUCAGUCGGUGAGGGCGGAGGCGCGCAACGCGAUAUCAAUGUCUUCACAACCCGACCCGACACACUCUACGGUGUAGAGUAUCUCGCCCUUUCGUUAAACCAUCCUAUUGUACAGGCGGCUGCGCAGGAGGAUGCGGGCCUCCGCAAAUUUUUGGAGGAGGCUGCCUCUCUUCCGCCGGAUUCCAAGGUUGGAUAUCAGCUGCCGACCGUGAGCGCUUCGAACCCAUUGCAUAUCAUCGACAAGGAGACUCCCCACAUUGCCCGGAGGCUGCCCGUGUUUGUCGCGCCCUACGUUCUCGGCGAUUAUGGUGAAGGCGCAGUAAUGGGAGUCCCCGGUCAUGACUCGCGAGACUUGGCAUUUUUCAAAGAUAACAUGAAUCCUGAAGAAAUCGCCAUUGUGGUCCAACCAGAGCGCCCAGCGGAGACAAAGGAAGCAAACCCCGGUGUGGUGUCCGCCAGCCAGGCCGAGGCUUUCACCCAGGAAGGGUUCCUGACAUCACGUUGCUGGAAGUACCAGGGCCUGCAUUCCCGGGAAGCCAGUGAGCAGAUAGUGAAGGACCUGGUCCGUGUCGAACAUGGAGAUUUUGUCGAACAGUGGCGGCUGAGAGACUGGUUGAUUAGCAGACAGCGUUACUGGGGAACCCCGAUCCCCAUCAUUCACUGUGGUGACUGUGGUUCUGUACCGGUUCCGGAUGACCAGCUUCCUAUAGAGCUGCCCAAAAUCGAGGGAGAAUGGCUCAAAGGAAAGCGUGGCAAUCCCCUCGAGUCCAAUGAAGAAUGGGUGCACACGGAAUGUCCAGAAUGCGGCGGUUCUGCGCGACGCGACACCGACACCAUGGACACUUUUGUGGAUUCUUCGUGGUACUAUCUGCGCUACUUGGAUCCCGCGAAUAAGGCAUCGCCGUUCUCGCCGUCCAAAGUCCGGCCCGUCGAUGUUUACGUUGGAGGUGUCGAGCACGCCAUAUUGCACCUGCUUUACGCUCGCUUCAUCUACAAGUUCCUCUCCCAGUCGGAGCUAUUCCCGGAGAUCUCCCAUGCCGGUAGCCUUGCGGGCCCCGCGGAGCCGUUCAAGACCUUGCUCUCUCAAGGAAUGGUACACGGCAAGACCUUUUCGGACCCAUCGACUGGUCGAUUCCUCCAUCCUUCCGAGGUGGACGUCUCGAGCCCAGACAAGCCUCUGAUAAAGGGAACAGAGAUCACGCCCAGUGUAUCCUUUGAGAAAAUGUCCAAGAGCAAGCACAACGGUGUUGACCCCACCAGCUGCACUUCAACCUACGGUGCUGACGCUACCCGCGCGCACGUGCUCUUCUCGGCCCCUGUUAGCGAAGUGCUGGAAUGGGACGAGGAAAAGAUUGUGGGGAUUGAGCGGUGGUUUAAGCGGCUCUGGAAGGUCGUGUUGGAUGCGAACGAACGAUUCGCAUCGGAGUCUGCUCCCCUCCGUAUCAACCAGUCUGGCUUGAUGACGCCCUCUGGCCACGCCAUUCUUCUCCCCAGUUCCCUCGAGAGUCUCGGCGACAAUGACGUAAACUCUAUCCUCUUUACUCACCGGACCAUAUCGUCCAUUACCCACUGCAUCGAACACAAUCCCUACGGAUUGAACACGGUCAUCUCCGAUUUGACGAAACUGACCAAUACACUGUCGUCAUCGGCCCCCGAUUCUCCGCAAAUCCUCUACCUGUGUGUCUCGUCACUCCUCCGUCUCCUGGCCCCAGUUGCACCCGGGCUCUCCUCCGAAAGCUGGGAGAUCCUGAAUCGUGCCGUGCUCGGCGACGCCACAGCAAGUGUACCCACAGUCUUCGACUGCCCGUGGCCGACUCCACUCCUGAGCCCCGAACAAGCGGACGCUCUGUCCACACGGGGAGGCCAAACCGUCGCAGUGCAGAUCAACGGGAAAUUGCGAUUCAGCGUCACGAUCCCACGCCGACUGUCAGCGACGACGACGCCGGCCGACUCUGGUCGCCAAGGCGGUCCUACUGUCGAAGAGCAAGCGUGGAUCAUCGACCGUCUCCUUGAUACUGAGGAGGGACGGGUGUGGUUGCGGGAGAAGAACGAUUGGGAGAAGCGACGGCGGGUGAUUGUUGUUAAGGGGGGGAAGCUGGUGAAUGUUGUAUUCUAGCCUGGGUUGGGCCAUUCCGAUCGUUUGGUGGUUGAAUAGACCGUAUAUUUAAUCGACGUGUAACUAUAG